AUGGCGCGUUUCAUAGACAACGGUGCAAUCUCCGAGGCGUUCGCAGUGACCAAUAGAGUGAAACAGGGCUGCGUCCUUGAGCUUACCCUCUUCCGUCUCAUGUUUUCUGCCAUACUUAUGGACGCCUACCGUGAUGAGUGCCCAGGGAUACGCAUCGCCCACAGAACUGGCGAGCAUCUUCACAGCUGCAAGAGCAUGCAGUCCCCCGUGCGACCAUCAAUGAUAACUGUCUGUGACCUGCUGUUCGCCGACGACUGCGCGCUCAACACCACGACCAAAGUGGACAUGCAAAGGUGGAUGGAACUCCUCACCGCCAGAUGCGCCAACUUCGGCCUAACUAUCAAUACGGACGAAAUGGUGACUACGCACCAACCGUCACCCACCAUGCAACACUGCACUUCUUCUCAUAUCACUCACGAAGGCCGCCAAAUAAAAACCGUGACCUAUUUUGCUUAUUUCAGAAACACACCUCCCAACAGCUUCCGAAUCGACGAUGAGAUUGACCACCGUAUCUCCAAAGCCAGCCAAUCCUUCGACCGGCUGAGGAACUCCGUGUGGAAACGUCACGGCCUCCAACUGAAUACCAAACAAAUAGACGGCGUUGCUAUGGGCUCGCCUCUUGAACCUCUCCUAGCCGAUGUCCUCAUAGGCAGCAGCUACGGCACACUCCCGCAUCAGCACCCGCAACUCCCAACACCAUUACUCAUCACAAGCACCCAAUUGUCACCUCCCACGCAAUUAGGAAGUGUGCUUCUUGGCUCAUUCUCCGUGCGCCUGCAUGUAUGA